AAUCCACCCACUUCAACAGGUCAUAAAUCCACUACCAUGGCAACUAUCGAUAAAGCGUUUGCGGCAAUCGCAUCGCAAGGUCUAGAAGGUGAAUCGGCAUACUUUGCAGCUAUAGAAAACUUCGGUGUUGAGGUGUCGACGUUGACGCGUCGACACCACGCGCAACAUGACUCCUGUACAACUGCCUCUUUCGUCGCUCAUAUUGGUUAA